AGCAGGGAGAGGGAGAGAGAGAGAGUAUGACGGGGGGAAAAAACAACAGGAAACCAACCAAUUCUAAUGCCGUUUCUGCAAAUCAGCCCACAUAAUACAGCCAAGUGCCUUGUCCCAGCAGAGGGACAGUCCAACCACAUCUUUUCUCAGCUCAUCUGAUGAGGUACUGGCAAUUUAAAAGAAGUUGAAGUUUGAAAAGUGACGUCAGCGCUGCUCUCAGCCACCAAACGUGUGGUCUGUCAGGGUACGAGCGGAUGCAGGCAUUUGGGAGCUGUGUGCUGGGAUUUUUUGUGCGGCUGCCUUUUGACCUGCCAUCUCUUUUUUUUUGAGGUCAUAUGGAUCAAUCUCGGUGCUUUCAAGGAACUUUUUGUUUUAAUCGCCUGGACUACUAACUGGAGCCCACAUGAAGAAUAAAGGAAACAAGCAGAAGACCAAAAAGAAAGGAAGUGACAAUGUGUUCGGCUGUGACCUGACAGAACAUCUCCAGGGUUCAGCACAAGAUGUUCCGCAGGUCCUCCAGAAGUGUGCAGAGUUUAUUGAGAGAUAUGGGAUUGUGGAUGGGAUCUACAGACUUUCAGGGGUCACCUCAAACAUUCAGCGUCUCAGGCAGGAAUUCUGCUCCGAGGCGUGCCCUGACCUUACAAAGGAAGUGUACCUCCAGGACAUCCACUGUGUGGGUUCCUUAUGUAAGCUCUACUUCAGGGAGCUGCCCAAUCCUCUGCUCACAUACGAGCUCUACAGCAAAUUCACUGAGGUUGUCUCAUUUCACGAAGAUCAAGACAGACUUUUACACAUUCAGACAGUUAUCAGAGAACUUCCUACCCCUCACUUCAGGACUCUGGAGUACCUUUCGAAGCACUUGGCCCACCUUGCCACGUUAAGUGCCCAGACAAAUAUGCACACACGCAAUCUGGCUUUGGUUUGGGCUCCAAAUCUGUUAAGAUCUAAGGAUAUUGAGACUUCAUCUGGUAAUGGAGACAUGGCCUUCCAGGAGGUGCGCAUACAGCAGUCAGUGAUUGAGUUUAUCUUAAACCACACAGAGCAGAUCUUCAGUGGUGAUUCAGAUCAAGUAAAACCCAAAGAAGGACCAAGUUUGAUGUGUGCGGAGAAAUACGCCACACUCCCAAUCAGUGGUGGGAGUGGGCCGAUGAAACUGAUGAGUCUAGAAGAAGCUCAGGCGCGCUCCUUAGGUCCAAACCAUCCAGUGCACAAAGAACGUCAGCGAGAGAACAGCCUACCUGAUACAAGCACUGCAUCGCUCUAUCACACUGUCAUAGAAAUAUCAGAUAGCAAGAGGAAGUUCUCCGGAAAAUCCAAGAAGUGGAAGUCUAUCUUUAACCUUGGAAGAUCUGUGGAAUCCAAGGGAAAACUCAGUCGCAAUGGCAGUGUGUUCAUCAGAGCACAGGGGGCGUCAGAAAAGGCAGCUAUUCGUCCUUCCAGAAGCAUGGAGUCCUUGUGUUCCUCAUCACCAGAUGACGGCGGAGCAAGAAGCAAUAUCUCAGCGGAUGGACACAAUAGUAUUUUUAAUCCUGAUGUGAAAUCCAGAACACUGGAAUCUGACUCACUCUUUGAUCUGCACGAACAAGACCAAAAGUGGGAGAUUAAAGCAAAGAAAGGUGGUGCCAUGGCCGGCUGGAGCUCCGGCCUUAACCAAAGAGACUCACAAGCAGCUUCCUUGUCCUCUCAAAAAACAAUGCCAGAACAACUCAAGGUGUUCAAAGGGGAUGACCUCAGCAGCUACAAGCCAAGUUCUCCAAAAAACAGGAGGAUGCUGUACUCGGGCUCCUCCAGGCCCUCAUUCCCAGGCAGCUUCUUCCCAUUGGAGUCUUCUCCAAGGCACCAACGCAGAGCCGUCAACAUAUCUGAACCUUUUGCUGUGUCUGUGCCCUUACGUGUGUCUGCUGUCAUCAGCUCUAACAGCACACCGUGCAGGGGGCUCAACAAAGAAAAAGCAGCCACUUUAAAAUCUUGCAGAGAGCCUUCAGAGCAGAGCAACCGCUUCAAAAAGAGCAACACGUUCCCUCUGCUGGAACCAAAAAGACAGGAAGGAACAGACCUGACCUCCAGAGUGUCACCAGAGAAUUCAGAUAAGAAAGGAUUGCAGAAAACUGAAGGAAAAAAUAUUUCCAAACUGGAAGCACUGCCUAAUGCACAAAGAAGUGAAGACAAAGAUACAGCGCCAUCUUCUGGGAAAGACAUGCACUGUCUCACUAAAGAUACACAGCUGGAUGAUGGCCCUGCUCCUGGGAAACAGCUUUGUACUGACCUCAAUCAAGAGUUGAUAAUUACUGAGCCUGAAAUCAAUCUGCUGCAUAAGACUUUUAAACCAGGUUUUGCUUCAACAAGCACCAAGUUAACAAUGGACAUCAAGUCAAAGCGAAGCCGCAGCUCUCCAUCGCUAUCUUUGCUUUGUAAGGAGCCGCCAUCGAAUGCCGCUUUGGGUGAGCGUGUAAAUGCAAAUAGAUCUGACUCAAAAAGGAAACAGCCCUCUGAAUCAGACCUCUUGUUUUGUGUUCACAAAAACUUUGAUGUCCAACUUCCAGGCGCACUGGAUGCAAAAGAGAAGUUGCAACCUUUACAUAAAAAUGUACCAGCUUACACCAAGCAGUGCCAGGUUUUCAGGAGGGAAACCAGGUUAGAUUGUGUUAGAAAUCCUUUAACAAUAGAGGACACCCCACAGGUUGCAAACUUCUCAGACAAUUCAGACAGAAAAUCUGAGAAACAAGAGGACACAAAAUUAUCACAGGAUGAACUAAAGAAAUGUCUGAUUCCUGAGGUGGAAGCCUAUCAGAGACUCUCAGUGUGUUUAGAGGUCAGACGAAACGCACCGGAGCUAGCAAACCUUGACGAUGAAGAUGUAUGUGGGAGGAACCUGGAUGAGCUGGACUUGGUGGAGUCCUGGGAGGAUCUUAGCUCCACCAAGCAGUGGGUUACCAGUCCUCUCCACUCACCCGAUGUGGAGGAGCUGUUUAACCAGCUUUCCCCCUUUGGUUCAAAGGGAGAAACUCCUAACUCCGAGAUUUCAUCUCCUGAAAACCUUCCUCAUAGUGUUGGCACUAAUCCAGAAAUUAAAUGGACCAAUCAGCUUUCGGUUCCUAGACAGACAAGCUUAACCAACAGUAACACAACCCAACCUCAAACAGCAAAGAGCAGCACAACAAAACCAAUAAAUACAGUGUCAUCUCAGAGGUUCAACAGGCAAAUGUCGUUUGAGACAAAAGUGCCAGAGAAAAAAGAGGAGCACGGCUCUUUCAGACACAGACCCUACUCCCUUAACUUAGACCUUGGCCAUCGAUGCAUAAGAGAUAUUUCAAAUCAGCAAAACCGGAACUUGUCUGAGUUUUCCUCUGGUCCGAAAGGCUUACUGGCCUCGUCUGAAACUGUGAAUAAAGGACACACUGAGUUGGACAUGUUUCUAAAUGAUCGACAGGCACCUCUCCGCCGAAACUCUGCCCCAGUCAGCGUGUCAUCGGUGCGCACUGCCUAUAUGAUAAAAACAUGCCAGGUCAAAGCUGUGCCUGUGGUCCCUCCACAGGUGCAGUAUAGCCAGAUACCUCAAACAAAGCAGGAGAGCGACUCUGGCCCUGUGAAGGAUGAAGAAACUGGAUUUCCGAAAACGAGUGCAGACACAAGCACGGCUGUGCAGCCUCUAAUGAUGUUGGACCUAAAGGAAGAGCUGGAGAACAAAGAGCCUGCUCCUAAACACCAAAAGCAUUCAAAUAUUCAGAAAUCACCUGAGGCUGGGAAGACCCCAUCUCCAGAACUGCCAGUCAUAACCAGGAGGCACGCCCCAAGUCUGGAAGUGUUUGUAGAUGGCCCCAGGCCUAACAGAGGGGCGUUGUUGCAAAGACCGUCCUUUAGAAACCGGCAGAGACCUCAGAGCCUCAUUCUUCUCAGCCCCCCUUUCCCAUUCAUGGACUAUCCAACGACAGGGGAUGAUGCAAAGCUGUUGUCCUCCAUCAAGAGUCUGAACGACACGUCCGCGCUGAAUGUCUUUUCCAAAGAGAUGACUGAGAACUUCAGGACCCAAGAGGGACUCCCUCUGCAGAAUAAAAUGACUAUUCCAAAAAGCGGACAGAGACUGGAAACAUCAACCAGCUGCUUCUACCAGCCUCAGAGAAGGUCCAUGAUAUUCGACAGCAGGAGUCACAGACAGAUAGAAUGACUGCAAGUGGAACCGCAUGUAAAUAGAUGCAGAGCAUAAAAAGUCUUUGGAAAAACGAGAAGAUUAUGAGCAUAAUCUAUAGGAUUUCAGUAAAGUUAAAUCGUCCAAAAAUCAAAAAGAGAAAGCCGUAAUUCAGAUUUGUCUGAUAUGUGAGGCUAAGAUAAAUAUUUUUAUUCAUUCUCUGUUAAUCCUUAUUGUUUUUUAGGCAUAUAAUAGUUCUUUUUAAUCAAAUUAUAAUUUUAAUUCCAGAAAAUGUUUCAAAUUAAGUUACAAAAUGAACCUGGGAGGAAAUGAGUGACACCAAUUUUCUCUUCAUUAUGACAUUUGUUAGUGGGCUGGACAUAUUAGGAAGCAAGUGAACAUUGUGUCCUCAAGGUUGUGGUAGAAGCAGGAUAAUUGUGCAAACAGAAGUGAGUUGAAAAGGGACAAGUUGUGCCAUAGAGAAGAAUGGGUCAGAGCAGCUAGAAAACUACAGUUCUUGUGGGGCAUUCCCAGUCUGAAGUGGUCAGAAUCUGUCAAAACUGCAAGGAAGGGUCCAAGGAAGGAAAAACGGUGAACCAGCAACAGGCUCACAGGAGGCCAAGGUUCAUUGAUGCGCGCAGGGGGCAAAGGGUGUCCCAGGCUAACUUACAGGCUGCUGUAAAUUAAACUGCUGAAGAUUUUAAUGCUGGUUCAUCAAAGUCGAAUGGUUAUAACAUUUUGCCUGAUCAGUUUUUGGGAAAUGUGGAGUUUGCAUUUUGAUGAAUAGUUCAAACAUUUUUUUACUCAACCUAUUUGCUUAAUAACAAAUCAAAUGCAAGAAAGCACUUAGCAUGAUUGAUGACUAAACCUAUACUAAGUUAAUGCUAAAGAGAUGUGUUUUUAUUCCUUUGGUAACACAUUAACCUGAUGGCAAUAUGACCCAUUACUGAGAGAUGGCAUGAUUGGACACAUGCAUGAAAAAAUUUAGAAUACAACUCAGGUUGUUUCCUACGUUUUGCACAUAUUAAACAAAAUUAAUUCAGAACCAAAAAGCGACUUAUUGAACUGACUGAACUAUAUCACACAUUGCUCUUUUUUCAGAGGUUAGCCUUUCAGCACACGGUUGUUAAGCUCACUUACUUUCUUAACAAAAUUUAUAAACCACAUAGAGCAAUUAUCAUUUGAAAAGACAUAUUCACCAUAAUGUCCACAGUUUAGUCUAGUCUGGUGGUUCCCAGGAAGGAGCAGGAUUUUUUUAAAAAGGAUCAAAGAAAAAUCUUAUGUACUGUUUUUAUAAAGUGCUACAACAAGACAACAACAUGUAAAGAAAAUGACAUUCUUAAGAUUUAUCUGCUGAAGAAGCACAAAUGAAGUCCUAAAGGAAAACUUUGAUAAUCACUCGAAACUACUUCCAAUGUCAAUGAAAACUGUCUUUAUGGGGUAAUUUGUUUGAUUUUUUUUCAAUCAACUGACCAUAACUUUAUAGUAAAAACACAUACUAAAACCAAAUCUGUGGCACGGUGAUGUCAAAAUGAAUUUGUUCAAAUGAUAUUUAAAUAAAAACAGUUUUUUGCCCUGAUGGCAUGGGCAUAUUUCUUUUCUCCAGAUUUCUACAUAUUUGACAUUUUAAUAACCGUAUUUACCAAGUGAGGGAGUGUAAUGUAUAUCUCAAUUGUGUCAUAAUUACUUCCACAGUUUUCUGGGUUUUUUUUUUUAUGAAAAAUGUUCUGUUCAGUAGUUAUGAAAAGUGAUGGCAAAGAGCUGUUUAUCAGACAGUAAACUGUAUUCACUUUUUUUAGAGCUUGAAGUUGUUUUGAGUAAAAGUCAGAUGUUGCCAUCUCUGGAUUUUGUUUCUCUCUCUCUUAUGUGACGUGUUUAGCGGAUCACCUGUAAAUGCACAGGAUAGAUGUUUUAUAUUUAACAUACAUUGGAUGCUAUUAAGCUGAUUGUCUUUUUAUACCAUGGUUUGAAUGAGCGGGAUUGUUAAGUGUAACUAUGAACUGAGCAUCUAACGUUUUGUGUGUUAGUUUUUGUAACUCCUGUAUGCUUGUUGAGACUGACAAGGAUUCAGUAUCUUGUAUGGGUUCAUAUGAAAAAGUAUCUGACUUUGAGGUGAGUGUAUUCUGAUGAUUGCACCUACAGAAAUGUACAUAUUUCAGAUUUUGUUAUAAAUCAUCAGAAUAAAAAAUAUGAAAGCAUUGUGAGAACUUA